UUGAUUCGUUGUCCAGGGAGAUCGCUCUUUAAUUCUAAGGACUGGUAUUGAUUUUCUAAAAUAUAGCUGAUCAGAUCGUCCCAGCUGACCGGCAAUCAAAAGACGAGAGACACCACAUAUCGUGGCGCAUAACAAUACGAUACGUAUAUUAAGUGCUAUAUUCAUCAUUCCACGAACUCUAUCUUGAACGAUGUCUAUUCGUAAUGGUCGGUUUUAAGUAUUUUGGCUUGCGUACAUAUAAGAAAAUAAGAACAUCCCUGUAUGUAUUGUGGCUGAUUCAUUCUGAGUGCUAUUUUUAUUUUCUUUUAUAGUUUAUUGCUUGAAAUGUACAUAACCAGUUUUUUCUCUUGAGCAACUCUUCUCUAUAAAUGCGACUCUCGCUCAGACGGCCGCGGUAGUGUUCCAUUCGAUACCGUCGACACAGUUUGCUCCGUUACCAGUUAGUGCGACAACAAAAAUGACGACACGACUAAUCGGUGUCUAUCUCGUGAUCAUCUUCGGAUUGAUGUGUGUCUAUGCAGAAGAAGAGUUAUAUUCUGACAAAUAUGACAACAUCGACAUCGACGGUAUCCUUAAUAAUGACAGAUUGCGGAAUCAGCAUCGUAGAUGCUACAUAGGUCUAGCACCAUGCAUAACAGCAGAUAUGAAGUUCUAUAAAAAAUUUAUCGGCGAAGCUAUCGCAACAAAAUGCCGAAGAUGUACCGAAAAGCAAAAGCAAAAUUUGAAUAAAUUAGCUGACUGGUACGUAACAAACAAACCAGAAGAAUGGAACGAAUUCAUUGCGAAAAUGAUAGAAGCACAAAGAGAGAAGAAUAGAGGACGAUAAAUAACUGACUACGAUAAUCACAGAACAAUAAUGUUAACCAAUUGUUAGCGACGUUAAUCAGUAUUAAUUGUAUAAAGUAUUUCAAUUGCAGAGAACUUUUUUAUAUUUAGAGCAAAAAUAAACAUAUAGCAGUAAAGAAUAUAUAGUUUAUGAUUUUUGUAACUAACACUCGUACCCAUCGAUAUUGUGUUAUUGGAAUAAUUUGUAAAAGCACAGUAAUAUUCAGAAUUCGUUUACAUCAUGAUGGUAAAUUUUUUCAAUAUAAAUUGCGUCGUUUGUAUUCAUCAUAUUUUUACUUUACAAACGAAUCACUCAGAAACUUUCCUGAGGUGACGUCCUCCCUAAAAAAGUGAACUGGAAUGUUCACGAAACGUUGGAAAUAAAUCUAAGAUGAACGCAGCAUAAAUCCAGAAAUCAAAUCAAACAUUUAAUCACGGACGGUGUUAGGAAUUUUUGAGAAACAAUUGACAGUACGCGCCGUCGAUUAUGUAUAAUUUUGCGUCGUUAAAUCUGUAUCGAGUGAGCGUAUUAUUUGAUUCUCUCAGAGGGAAAAUGAGGAGUUCACAUGCGAAAUUUUAAACGGCGCUUUAAAAACUAAAAUGAUCUACGUUCACAUCUGAUCAUAGAAGGCAUAUUAUCAUCUGAUAAAUUGAUAUUUCUUAUAUAUACGUAAUGCGAAAUGUAAUAAAACAUAAAAAAAUUUAUAGGAUAAAAUCCUCAUUGCGAAUCAUUACAAAUUCACUCUUACAUAAUCAAAUGCGCUCUCAGAAAUACAGAUUUUUUCAGUUUUUCUCUGUACUUCUUACGCUAAUGUUACGUACGAUAUGUAUGUGGUAUAUUCAACAUGUUUUGCUACGUAUGUAUAUGUAGAGGAAAAACUUAUUAACUUUGUAGAGACUAUAUUAAUAAAAAUUGCGUUUAAUUUAA